CUAAAGCAGCUGAUCCUCCUCCCCUUCAUAGAUUAUUUAACUAGUUGUCCAGGCAGCGAAGAGCGUCUAAAGGGACCCGAAAGAGAAAACACAUCAUAACUUCCGAUUAUUUAUAAUCAUAAUGUAGGCGGACUGACUAGGAAGUAACGGAAACGGGUAACGGGGAAAGUCUGGAGCGCGCACGAGGAAAACUUCAGCUCGUAUUCAGAUCAUAUGUUCCGUCUCCGCUAGCUCGUGCGCAUCUUGGGUUCGUUAUCCGUUAACAAAAGAGUAACGCUGCGCGGCCAUGUGAUGCGACAUAUCCACGGUGCAUUUUUUUUCCAAACAGUCCAGGCUCCGUUUCUGAGAAUUUUUUUUGCUUUGCAUCGCAGGACACCUAAGGGGAUUUUUUACAUGUUAAAUUGUGCAUGAAUAGUUGUCACAAGGAGUCGUUAUGAUCGGGGAGGCGACGCUCCUCGCCGCCAGGCAAGGGGAAAUCGAAACCCUUAAAGUGCAUUUAGAGGAAAACGUGCUCCACAGGGAUGUGAAGGACUCGCUCGGAGCGACACCCGUGCACCACGCGGCGCGCGCUGGCAAGCUCAAGUGCCUCCAGUUCCUGGUAGAAGAAGCCAGCUUACCGGCGAACAGCCUGGCUCAUAACGGCGCGAGCCCCGCUCAUGACGCCGCCGCCACCGGUAAACUGGCAUGUCUGCAGUGGCUGCUGACUCAAGGAGGCUGCCGAGCUUCGAAUAAAGACAACUCUGGAGCCACCGUCCUGCACCUGGCUUCACGCUUCAGCCAUCAUGAGGUCACAGACUGGUUACUGAAGAGUGGAGAAGGGGAUCCCAGCAUUGCCAUGGACACAGGUGCUCUGCCUGUUCACUAUGCUGCUGCUAAAGGCGACUUGGCCAUGCUCAGGCUGCUAUUGGGGCACGACCCAAAUGUUGUGAACUUCCAAACAAAGAAUGGUGCCACACCUCUGUAUCUUGCAUGUCAGGAAGGCCAUCUAGAGGCUGUCCAGUACCUGGUGAAGGACUGUGGCGCAGAGCCAACUAUUAGAGCCAAUGAUGGAAUGACGCCUCUUCAUGCUGCCGCCCAGAUGGGACAUAACACUGUCAUUGUUUGGCUGAUGAACUUUACAAACAUCAGCCUAUCUGACCAGGACAACGAUGGUGCCACUGCAAUGCACUUUUCUGCCAGCCGAGGCCAUGCCAAGGUUCUCAGCUGGCUUCUCCUCCACGGUGGUGAAAUUGUGACAGACAACUGGGGAGGGACACCUCUCCAUGAUGCAGCUGAGAACGGCGAGUUGGAGUGCUGUCAGAUUCUGGUUGUGAAUGGAGUGGAUCUGGGUGUACGGGAUCAGGACGGAUUCUCUGCAGCAGACCUGGCCGAAUACAACGGACAUGAGCAGUGUGCCAAGUAUCUCCGUACAGUCGAAAAUAUGAGUGUGGAACAUCGUGUUUUGUCACGGGAUCCAUCAGCAGAUCUGGAGUAUAAGCAACCUGACUCAGGCCACUCAUCUCCACACGCCACGUUAAACACAGCAACCCGUUUCGAUAUGGGCUCUCCCUCUAGCUCACUGUCUAACUACGACUCGGCCAACUCCAGCCAGUCCAGCACGGGGGAAAAGAAGAACAGCUCUGCACCGUUACGAGUAACAGGGAGCCCUGAGACAGCCAUCACUGACAUGCAGACCUACAUGGACAUGCUAAACCCUGAACAUACUGCUGGUGACCAGAACAAGAAGGGGUCUCCAUCGCCGCCUCCACCUCCACCAACUUUUCCCCCACCUCUUCCACCAGGCACUUCACAAAUUCUCCCACCUCCACCCACUUACCCAGCACCAAAUCUGCCCGAAGAGGAGUCUGUGGAGUUUCUAAAGGUGAAGAGCAACCUACGUCACGUGGAAAAUUACACAAUGAAAAAAGAGUUGUCAGGAGGGGAAAACUCAGACAGACUGCGGCGGGUGGACUCCAACAGGAAGUCACGAAGCUUCAGUAAGCAGCCCAGCACUGGAGACUAUUACAAGUCCCUGGGCAACGACAUCACGGACGGGCAACUCGAGACAGAGAUGGCACCCAAUGAGGAGGGUUCAGCUCUGGUGGAAGAGCCGGCUGACGCCGCCCCCGUUGUGGAGAACGGGACGGGAGAGACAGAGGAGCCUCCUGCACCUCCUCCUGCGCCUCCUCUGCCUCCCUCACAGACUCCACCUCCAGCACCUCCUCUGCCUGAGGUCCCAUCACCUCCACAGAGCACCAGUGCUCCUCCAGCGGCCUCCAACCAGCGCCGCAUGUCCUCCUGCAGCAGCACUAAAUCCUUCAACAUGAUGUCUCCUACUGGCGAUAACUCUGAGCUUCUGGCUGAAAUUAAAGCCGGGAAAAGCUUGAAGCCCACUCCUCACAGUAAAGGCUACACAACCAUUUACUCCAGCAGCGGCUCUACAGCGGAUAACGGAGAAAGUCCAGCAUCACCUCAGUCCCAAUCUGAACCCCAGUCGGAACCCCAAACAGAGCCCCAAUCUCAGUCGCAGUCACAGUCACAGCCUCAGUCCAAUCCAGUCCAAUCUGCUCCAACCUCCCCAUCUACAUCCACAAAUCCUUUGACUCGUGGCAAUGUGAGCACAUCACAGAGCUGCGAUCAGCUACCGAUUGUGGUCAAUGGCAGCGGUGGCACUGUUCAGGCGCGCAAGUCCAGUGUAGAUAUAGAGUCCCUGGUGCCUACCCACGACGAACAAGGCAGAGCCAUUCCUGAGUGGAAGAGGCAGGUGAUGGUGAGGAAAUUGCAAGUGAAGAUGCAGGAGGAAGAGGUGAACAAGAAAAAGGCUGAGGAGGAGGAGGCUCGGCUUGCUUCCAUGCCUGCUUGGAGAAGAGACAUCAUGAAGAAAAAAUUGGAUGAAGAGAAGACGGGCAGGGAGCAGAAAAGGAAAGAAGAAGAGCGUGCAAAGAUAGAGAAGGAGAAUGAAGAGAAGAUGGAGCUAGAACGGCUGCGCACAUUAGGCUAUGAUGAAACCAAGCUGGCACCAUGGCAGCGGCAGGUCAUCUUAAAGAAAGGCGACAUAGCCAAACAGUAGUUUGUUCCCAUCUCUCAUGUCUCCAUCCACCAUCUGUAGGACAACAUAUUACCUACAAUCCACCAACUCUUUUCCACAUACUGCAAGGCUGGCUAAAUUCAUCCAGCUGCAGAUUUGUGCUGUUCAGGACUGUUAACGAAUCCAUAGUACAGUGAAAUAAGAAUUAUGUGUGAUUGUAAAAGCCUUUAAUUCAGUAGUGGCCUGUAGGAAUAUAUAUAUAAAAAAAAACAACAAAAAAAAACAAAAACACAAAAUGUCAGCAUGCCAGCUAUAUUAUUACAAAUACUUACAUCAUAUCACUGCAGCUCAUUUCUAUACAUUUCGACAUUUCAAAAUCUUAAAAGUAUUUUUAUGUCCAGAAAGAGUUAUAAAAUUAAUUAUUCUGUACAAAAUGUUUUUUAACCCAGCAAUAUUUUAAAGGACAUUUGAAUACAGCAUACUAGAAAUACGAUACUGACAUCGAACUACAUAUAAGUGCUCUGCAAUAAUCCUUAAAGUCUGACUUAACAACUAUUUUUGGCUUAUGAGGAAAAGAUACAUUAAGUGACCUGGACUUUUGUCCAUGUAUUUUAGUUUAUGUAGUCAGAAAUCAACCCAUUCAUUAAUAGGACUCUUAAUUACUAUAUUACAUUAUAUUUGUUUGCAUUUUACACAGUUAGGAAAAUGUGAAAUUGACUACACCUGUCUAUAACAAUAGCCAUAACCAUAAGACUAUGUCCAAAAAGCAUGCAUGUCCUCUAGAAAGGUUUACCAAAACACAGAGUUUACUCAAGGGGAAGAAUAUUUGUGGUUACUUGUUUGGACACAUGGGCAGAUAAGAUAAAUAAUUUUUUUGUUACUGUUGUAAAUUCAUUUUUAGUUUUGUGACUGAAAUGGAUAGUUAUAAUGAGGGUGAACUGAACAUCCGUUUUUACCAGCACACUUUUUUUUUCUCACUACUUCUACUCAAUGUAGUUGAUCACCUCUUCUACACAUUGGGUACCUGGACCCCGAAAAAAGUGCCGGACGUGUCUUUCUGAAUGUCUGUGUAUAUAUGUGGUGUCUGUUCUGUGUCAUAAAAUGUGUGAUAGUUUAACGUGAUGUAUUUUGAGUGUAAAUUUUUUUUGCAAGUGUAAAAAAAAGAUAUAUAUUGUCAUUCUAAUGCAAAGAUGUGCAAUGCAUGCAAUAUUUGGUUUAACUUCAUUUGAUGCCAUAUUGAUGUUUAAAAAACAAAGCUACACACAAACGCAAUUGCCAUUCGAAGAUUUUCUUUUUAUGAAUAAUGUACAUAGUUCUACUAAGGACAAAAACGCUGCUGCCCUCUUGUUGCAGCAUGAAGGUCCAGAUUUUCUUCACCAUUUUUUGCUUGCAUUGAUUUAUUAUUGUAAACCAUCCUUUGUCAGACAGGCAAAAUGUAGCAAAAUAAAUAAAAAAAAUCAUUUCUUGGAGUUCAUAGGGCUCUGAAUAAAUAAAAAAAAUGCUCUGAAA